AUGCCUGCACUUCUGCCAUCUGCUCCCGCCGCUACCUCUGCUGACAAGGGCAAGGGCCGUGCAGUGUCUGAACUUGAAGACGACGAGGAGAUUGAUCAACUUAUAUCUUUGGAUCCCCCUCCUGUCCAGGACACCGGCACAUCUGGAUCACGUACCCUCAACCCACCUGCAAAGUCAUCAACUCUUCCACGAUUUGCACGACAGAUGCCACCACAGUUCACUCAACAAAUCGCAUGUGAGCAGUCGCUAGAGGAGGAAGACCGCUGUCGUGACACUGCACAGAUAGAGAGUGCACGACGUGCCAGGUAUAGUGUUACCAUUUAUGGGUUCUUAGAGGAUGGUGCCCCUGCCACAUGCUUUGUCUUUCAAUGCGGCUUUCAGUUUCCACAUUUCUACUGCUCAUACGAGGUCCUUGCAGAACUCAGGCUGCCCGCUGUCCAUCACAGCAAAGUAGAUCAGCUCGCUGUGGGGCCGUCUUUUCUCCAACUCCUCAACACAUCAACACAUCGUUGGCAGGGCAUCCAUCAAGACCAUAUGGUGGUUGUACGUGAGGGUGAUGUGUUGUUCUUGAAGCAUGCCCAUGUCACAGAUUGCCAUGAACUGGAUGACCUCCUUCUGUUUUUGUCACCAUGCGCUGCAAGUAGUACUCAGCUGAACAUGCGCACUCACCUUGCCGCUGACUGUGCUGUAGUUUGUGCUGCCAACCAAAAGAGCCAACAACCAGCUGAACUUAAACCAUCGCCUCCAGCUCUCCCUUCCUGGUUGCAGCUUCCGCUGCCUCAUACCUCACUAGUACUGUCAUCAAGUGAAUUUGAGGUUGACCAAAUGCUCUAUGCUAACUCGCCCUCACCCAUUUGGAGGCCAUGCACUGGUGGCAUCCACAGCCGUCAACAUAGUGCUAGCACUGAUGCCCUUGACGAAGAACCUGCAAGUGACCAACCUGUCAUCAUCACAACUCACCGCAACACAAACAAUCUUCAGUCAUCUUCUCUUCUCCGACAGUUGUACCAGGCUCUUUCCAGCAACCUUUUGAUGAAUGAACUUUCCUCUCCAGAACUCCCACCUCGACGCCAGCACCAAAUUGAACAUGUGGGACCCUCACACCAGUGCCAGUGCCAAGUCUCUGAGUCACUCGGAGACACUCCUGUACCACAUCGUCAUCGCCAAUGCACACACCAGGUCUCUGUCGAGUCACUUUCAUGGGAGGAGCAUGGUGAUACACUUUCAGAUGCUAUCAACAUUGAUGAGAUCAAGGCUUGGCCCACUGAUUUCUCCAUCGUUGAAGUUGUCAAAGGGUUUGGGAUCUGUGAACUUGCCAAAUGGUUGAAGAAAUCCACUGUCAAAGUUGCAUUCGAGGCGCAUUUCCACCUACCAUUCAAGAAAUCCACCUUCCACGACAACCGUGCAAGGUGGUUCCGUGCACCUCAGACACUUCAUGACAAAUACAUGCGGAGCAGUGCAAAGCCUGCACUAUGGCCUGUAUUCUUGACUAAGUAUCGUGCAUGGGAGCUUAGGGCAGUCUAG